AUGUGCUGCCGCGCCCUGGCGACCGGGUUCUUCUCCUUGAGCAAUAAAUAUUGGCUCAAUUUCAAGCUAGCAGACGGAAGCAAGACGCUAGAAGUCCGCGGAACACCUGCUGCUGCUGGGGGCACCUGGCUAAGCGCCCGGGGCCGCAUCCAGGCGUGGGCUCGCAUCGGACAUGUUCGAUUAGACACAUUUGGCGACUUUGCCUCUGAGGUGGGGCGCCACUGCAUCCACACGAAUGACUUGCCGUAUGAGAGAACGUGGUUAUGGCCAAUCACAGACUUUCGUGUAUUUGCAGAACCGGUUGCGCACAGUCGGGAGCCAGGGCCGGUGACUUGGCGUCGCUUUGCAGCGCCUCGGCCGAACCGACUUGUAAAUGUGUCGCUGUCUCCUCGCAACAGUCGAUAUCUCCACAUGCAGCGGGGAGGCGGCGAAAAUGAGUCGAAACGGGCCAAUGGGUCGGAACUGAAUGACCGGGGAAGCUGCCCGCUCUGCAGCGCGGAGUCCCUGACGAGAGAACUCGGAAUUCGUGGUGGCCAGGACCUUACGUCUGCCUUGACUCGUCUGAAGGACCAGUCCGCGGUGGAUUUCACAUUGGCGCUCGAGCGCUCUGACCGCCUCGGCAACGCGGCCAUCUGGAACGACUUCCAGGCGCGAGUCGCGCGCACCAAAAGGCUUGUGACCUUGGCUGCUGCGUGGCAAAUUGUGGAUGCCGCUGCUCCUCCUGCAGCAGCAGAUCACCGUGACUGA